CCUCCUCAUCAUCAUCACCAUGUCGCUGCUGCACCCGUCCGCGUCGGCUUCACUGGCAUCGUCGUCAUCGUCGUCGUCCACCGCGUCGCUCAGCCACUCUGCCUCGACCUCCUCCUCUGCCUCUGCCUCUGCCUCUGCUUCUGCUGCUGCUGCGUCUCGCCGUGUCAUCUCAGUCCCGUCCAUCCGCUCAGCCGCCGUCGAUGGCGAGGACGUCACGUUCUACGAAAUCUUCCUCAAUGGAAUCUACUGCUGCGGUCGCCGUUUCAGUGAAUUCUCAGCGCUGGCUGGGGCGCUCAAGGUCGCCUUCCCCUCGUACAACUUUUCGCGCUUCCCGAUGAAGUGGCCAUUUGCGCUGACUGCGCCCCAGAUUGAGGAUCGUCGAAAGCAGCUUGACGAGUUUCUGAAGAUUGCGAUGGCUGAUAAUGGCGUUGCCGACUCCCAAAUCAUGCAAGACUUUUUGACGCCAGAUCACGAAGCGCAUGUUGGUCAAGGUGGUGCGUUUGAAAUCCUGGUGCGUCUGCCCGAUCGAACCACCGUUUCCGUUCCUGCGAAGCCCACAACGACUGCUGCCGAGGUUUUCGAGAUGGUCGUCAAGCGUAUUGGUCUGCGCGACUCGAGCGCUCAUUUCUUCUCCCUUUUUGAGAACGAGAAUGGCUUUGAACGCAAACUCCAACCGACCGAGUACCCUCUGCAAAUCAUCCGAAAGCACUCAGGCCAGGACUCCCGAACACUGCUGCCCGAUAUUCUCGUGUUGAAAAAGUGGAUUUUCACCAAGCUUCAAGAAGUCUUUGUCAGCGAUGAUGAAGCAGCUGUGGGCCUGCUAUUUGCACAGGCCAAGGAAGACGUAACCCGUGGUGCACUCAAGCCCACCCUUGAGUUGUCAAAGGAGCUGCAAGAGCAUCGCAUUUCCGGCGCCAAAAUUGCCUACCUUGACGUUGUCCGACGGGUCACCAAUUACUCGACCCUCUUCUUCCCGCCCUGUAUCGUCGAAAUUGCGGGCAAACAAACGACAGCCACUGUGGGUUUUGCUGUGGACGGUGUGACGCUCCGCUUUGCUGAGACGCCUCUUGAAAGCAAGGCCGACCAUGUGUUCAAGCUACCUCUCAUCAAGAAAUGGCGAUUGGAUGAAACUACAAAGCAGUUCCGCAUCGAAGUUGCCACAGACGCGUUGCAAGGAUGGGUGGUUUUCAACUCCGAUUAUGCCGCUUUCAUGAAUGAGACGCUGCUCCGUGUCAUUCUCGAAGUCAAGUGGACGCGUGAAGCGAACGCGCGCCGCAAGACAGAGGACAAUGUUGAAAGCGUCACUGUCUCGCUGUCGACUGCCAGUCUUGUGGAAUAUGCCACUUGGGGUGCCAAGAAAGCGAGCGAGAUUGUCUACGGCACAAUCAACAUGUUCAUGGCAACCGAUCACAUGCAGCAACGAGGGGGCCGUGACGAAGUUGAUGAACAUGCGAUUGACAUGAACUCUCUUCGCCCGCACAGCGACGAGCCUUGAUCGGAUUGUGUGCAUUUUGUUUGGGUUGUUUGCCAGGUUGCUGAGUUUUGUUUAGUACAGCCUGUGUCAUAUAUUACCCUCGGUCUCCCA